UUAUUUCAGCACCCCCAAAAAUCUUGACUUAGUGAAUGGAAGAACAGAAGAGGAAAUGGAGGCGAUGUUCAAAGGAAUUAUCUCUAAUCAACAAUCUUGAUGAUGGCUGUCUUAUGCACAUCUUUAGUUUUCUCUCCCCUAUUCCAGAUCGGUAUAACACCGCCCUCGUUUGCCACAGAUGGCGAUUCUUGGCCUGCCAUCCUCAGCUUUGGUUGCGAGUGGAUCGUUCUGUGAAAGAUUUGUCGCAACCUGGGGUCUAUCCGAACAUCGAGAUGGCUGUCUCUGCUGCAAGGCCUGGGGACACUAUACUUGUUGCAGCAGGAGGCAGCCAUCGUGUGUCAAAUAUUAAGAUUGAGAAGCCACUUUGCCUGAUUGGCGCAGGUGAGAGUCCUGAUGAUACAACACUUAUUUGCUCCCGCAGUUCAGACAGUGCAUUAGAGUUCAUGUCCACAUGUAAGCUGGCUAAUUUGACUGUGAGGGCAGAACUUGGUUGCUGCUUGCUUCAUAGGAGUGGGAGGCUUACCAUUGAUGGGUGCAUUCUUCAGUGUGAGUCGAAUCCUCUGGACCAUCUCUCCUAUGCAAUUAUUAGUACUGCUGGUGCUCCUGAGGUCGUCUCAUCAGCACUCAAGACUUGUAUUAGUAGUGUUUCGGUUCUGAGAACUCGCAUUGAAGGAGGUGCCAAAGCUGUCCUCACCAGUGGGACACUUUCAUUGCAACGAGUACGAGUGAUUUAUACUCGUACAUCACUCUUCUUCUGGUUUGAGGUAGAAGGUGGUGACAAGAAUACCGUCCAAUCUGCAUCUGUUGCACUGCCAAUUAGUUAGUUAAUCUACUUUCUUUGUGUUCUGAUUGGUCAUUAUCCUUUCAUCACCUGUCUUGAAAGAGGAAAGGGGUGUGAGGGGGUUAGUUGUAACCUGUAACAUAUUUUUCUGAUUACAUUCAGUUUGUAAUGUAUCAUUGUGCAAAUUCUUGGUUCUUUAAUAGUUCCCGAGAUAAAUAACGUGUUUUAUGAAACA